CCAUUUUCAAUCUUUUGAAUAAGCGUUGCUUUCAAAAUCGUAAAAUACACAUUUUAUACAAUCAUAUAGUUUUCGGUGGUUUAUGUGAGGAAAUGCGGUUGAUAUAACUAUUAAUUUUCACUCAUAAUUUAUAUUUUUUUACUAGGAACUUUUAAGCAAUGGUUGAUGUUUAUUUUAAAGUAUUUGUUCAAAAAUUAAGGAGAUUAGAGCUAGAGGAAAUGUGUAUUCAAGUGCUUCCCAACAUAUCGUCACAGUUAAAGAAGCUAGUCCGACUUUUAGUGAAUACCCAGUAUAGGGAUGGUUUUAUCCACGCCUACUAUGGAGAUAUCAAAGAGAAGGUCAUCGCCUUUAACAACUUCUGGCGAGAAAGCAUUGAUAUGGCAACUAAAGAAGUGGACUUAAUUUCCUCCACUGCUUCUAAAGAUGAUUACAUAGCUCUUAUAGAUAUUUCUAUGUUUAUGCUUAACGCUAGUCAGACUGAUUUUGCCAAAGAGUUCCUUCCGGUUACUUCACCAGAUGAUAAAGAAAUGUACAUAGAGUUAGAGGGAAAAUAUAAAGAACACUGCGAAAAGAUACUAGCAGAAAAGGAAAGGGCUAAUGCUGUUCAUGCUAGAUAUUAUCCAUUGCCUGUUAUUGAAGAAAACUUGAAAAUUACACUUCAAAAGAUGUCUGAUAUAUUCGAAUUUACUCAUACUUAUAUCGCUAUGUUUUUGGUGGACCGUCUGUACCAACUGAGAUCGAGCCUAGAAGACAUACACGGCCGUGUGAGAAGAGAUCUCAAUAACUUAGUAUCAAACAGAACUGAAGCCAUUAAUACUCUGAAAGAGGAAAUGCUUGACGCUAAUCAAAGACGUGUUGAACUGGAGAAAAAUCCUGACAACUCUUUAGAACUCGCAGAGGUAUUAAAACUCAUAAAAAUACUUCAAAGGAAAAUGGAAGAUGAGUAUAACAGUAUUGAUCCUGCAAUAGAACAUUUAGAAAUGGAAGUGAAAUAUUGGGGAGAUGUUAUUGAGGAUUUUGACCAAAUUUACAAUGUUAUAAAAAUAUUGCGCUCGGAACAAGUUUCUAUAAUAGAACAAGAAAAAGAGUAUAAUAACACUGAAUGCUUUGAACUACCUGGGUCCAAGACGAAAUGUUGGACAAACAUUGGUGACAACAUACAAGCACAUAAGCAAGAAUUGAAUUUAAAAAUCUCGGAGGCAGCACUUGCUCUGUUUACUCACUUUGCUGUUGCGGGGUCUAGUUAUCCAACACUAGCCACAGUUGCACAAGAAGCUAACAUUAAUAUGAUAGAACCAACAAAAAUUUACAAUGACCCGUACAAACAUAGGAUAUCUAUCCUGGAAUAUGGUCUCCACAAACGACAAGUCAAGUGUGACGGAAGCUAUUGUGAGACUGAAGACAAUGAAACCGCGUAUCACUAUGACAAAUUCGGUCGCUACACUAUCGACCAAAAUGAGAAGAUUUACGAACGAGCUACCUGCGCUAGUUCUUAUAAACUGGAUGAGAACAAACUAUUCCAAAAGGUGACAAAGGAUUGUGGGCAUUCGGAGGCGCCAAAUAAGGAAUGUGAGAUAGAGUUUAAGGACCCGACUGAUGAACCAAUAUUUCCGAUUCCACCGCAUUGUUCAGGCCAAAUGGACCAGAACGCCAUGACCUACAUCUUCGAGCACUUCGGAGCCAUACUGCCAACGGCUCUAGCUGAUGUGGAGAAACUGCGACCUCGCAAUCCGAUACACUAUUUAGGUCACAGGCUGUUGAGACUGAAGUACACAAAACUGCCAAGGAAUGGAAGAUGGGUCAGGACGAGUUUUCGAAAUACUUUGGUGAUAUAACCAAGGAAAAGGAACAGAAAGCAGCCACAGACCAGGCUUCGCGGAAGAGGCAGCAGGUCAAACGACGCAAGCCCGAGGAGUCGGAUGACGCGUUCGAGUGGCAACUGUUCCACCGACAGAUGGCGCUGGAACACUUUGUCAACUAUGUCCAUAGUGACUUGUAAAAUAUUUACAUACGAAUUCUGUACCUCAGAGGUAAACAGUAAAAGUCCACUUUCUUUUGUCUCUAUUUUUACUCUAAUGAGAUCACCUGAAUAAAAUCUAUCACAUAAGUGUAAAAAGAGUAUAAAAGUUGUCUUAUUACUGUUUACCUCUAAGGUACAGAAUUGUGCACUGCCGUGCGACAUAAUGUACGAGAAUCUUAAUAUCCCCUUUACAAGGGCCCUAUGCUAUGAGAUUAAUCUAGUUGGAAUUCUCCAUAUAAUUUAUAGCAAUAACGUUUGAAAUUUAUAUUUAUAUAAUUAUUAUACU